CAGUGCAGAGGAUGUUCUUAUGAAUGUUUGCUUGAGAUAAUGGCCUCACUGAGCUCAGUUCUGCAUGCUGACAUCUCUAUCGGAGGGGUCUGGAGAGUGUGAUGCUGAGUGGAAAGACAGGGUGGGGCCUGAGCUCACGUGGAUCAGGCAGUUGGCAAUGGGGAGCAGGUGGCCCGGGUUUGGAGUCAGAGCCAAACACGCAGCGUGGUGCAUGCUGGAAACCCAGUGAGGAACAGGACGCACUCCCUCCUCUCAAAGAGCUCUUCACUUGCUGAAGAGAAAGCAAAGAGGUCAUCAUAAUACACAAGCCAAGUCCUGGUUCUCCCUCGUAUGCCUGUUGGAACCUCAAGCUGGUCAUUUUGCCUGUCAGUUUCUAUAAACGGAGAUGGAAACAGGAAGGUGGGGAGGUGCUUCUGUUUCCCCAGCAUGGGAGAAAUGCCUGCUGCCUCUCCAGUUGGCUUUGGAAUCCAAGAAUGUGAAGCUGGCCCAACAUGCUUUGGCAGGGAUGCAGAAGCUUCUGUCGGAAGAGAGGUUUGUAUCCAUGGAAACAGACUCUGAUGAGAAGCAGCUGCUCAAUCAGAUCCUGAAUGCCGUGAAAGUGACGCCUUCGCUCAACGAGGACCUGCAGGUGGAAGUGAUGAAGGUUUUACUGUGCAUCACCUACACGCCGACAUUUGAUCUGAAUGGGAGUGCUGUGCUGAAGAUCGCUGAGGUGUGCAUUGAGACAUACAUAAGCAGCUGUCACCAGCGUAGCAUAAACACUGCUGUGCGGGCAACUCUCAGUCAAAUGCUGAGUGACUUGACUUUACAGUUACGGCAGAGGCAGGAGAAUACGAUAAUUGAAAAUCCAGAUGUCCCACAGGAAUUCGGGAAUCAAGGGUCCACGGUGGAGUCCCUCUGUGAUGAUGUUGUCUCUGUACUCACCAUCCUGUGUGAGAAGCUGCAAGCUGCCAUCAAUGACAGUCAGCAGCUGCAGCUUCUCUACCUGGAGUGCAUCCUGUCUGUGCUCAGCAGCUCCUCCUCCUCCAUGAACCUGCACAGGGGCUUCACGGACCUGAUCUGGAAAAACCUCUGCCCUGCUCUUAUCGUGAUCCUGGGGAAUCCAAUACAUGACAAAACCAUCACCUCUGCUCACAGCAGCAGCACCAGUACCAGCCUGGAAUCAGACUCUGCAUCUCCGGGAGUAUCUGACCAUGGACGGGGAUCAGGUUGCUCCUGCACUGCGCCGGCCCUGAGCGGGCCUGUGGCUCGGACUAUCUAUUACAUCGCAGCCGAGUUGGUCCGGCUGGUGGGAUCUGUGGACUCCAUGAAGCCCGUGCUCCAGUCCCUCUACCACCGAGUGCUGCUCUAUCCCCCACCCCAGCACCGGGUGGAAGCCAUCAAAAUAAUGAAAGAGAUUCUCGGGAGCCCACAGCGUCUCUGUGACUUGGCAGGACCCAGCUCCACUGAACCAGAGUCCAGAAAAAGAUCAAUUUCAAAAAGGAAGUCUCAUCUGGAUCUCCUCAAACUCAUCAUGGAUGGCAUGACCGAAGCAUGCAUCAAGGGUGGAAUCGAAGCCUGCUAUGCGGCCGUGUCCUGUGUCUGCACCUUACUGGGUGCCCUGGAUGAGCUCAGCCAGGGGAAGGGCUUGAGCGAAGAUCAGGUGCAACUGCUGCUUCUGCGCCUUGAGGAGCUGAAGGAUGGGGCUGAGUGGAGCCGAGAUUCCAUGGAGAUCAAUGAGGCUGACUUCCGCUGGCAGCGGCGAGUGCUGUCCUCAGAACACACGCCAUGGGAGUCAGGGAAUGAGAGGAGCCUUGACAUCAGCAUCAGUGUCACCACAGACACAGGCCAGACCACGCUUGAGGGAGAGUUGGGUCAGACCACACCUGACGACCACUCUGGAAACCACAAGAACAGUCUCAAGUCGCCAGCCAUCCCAGAGGGCAAGGAGACACUGAGCAAAGUAUUGGAACCAGAGGCAGUAGACCAGCCAGAUGUGGUGCAGAGAAGCCACACGGUCCCUUACCCUGACAUAACUAACUUCCUGUCGGUAGACUGCAGGACAAGGUCCUACGGAUCUAGGUAUAGUGAGAGCAAUUUUAGUGUUGAUGACCAAGACCUUUCUAGGACAGAGUUUGACUCCUGUGAUCAGUACUCAAUGGCAGCAGAAAAGGACUCGGGCAGGUCUGACGUGUCGGACAUAGGGUCAGACAACUGUUCACUCGCCGACGAAGAGCAGACCCCCCGGGACUGCCUGGGCCACCGGUCCCUGCGAACUGCUGCCCUGUCUCUAAAACUGCUAAAGAACCAGGAGGCCGAUCAGCACAGCACCAGGCUGUUCAUACAGUCCCUGGAAGGCCUCCUUCCUCGGCUUCUAGCUCUCUCCAGUGUAGAGGAAGUGGACAUCACUCUGCAGAACUUUGCCUCCACUUUCUGCUCAGGCAUGAUGCACUCUCCUGGCUUUGACGCCAGCAGCAGCCUCAGCUUCCAGAUGCUGAUGAACGCAGACAGCCUCUACGCAGCUGCGCACUAUGCCCUGCUCCUCAACCUGAAGCUCUCCCACAGCGACUACUACAGGAAGCGGCCGACCCUGGCGCCAGGUGUGAUGAAGGAGUUCAUGAAGCAGGUGCAGUCCAGCGGCGUGCUGAUGGUCUUCUCCCCGGCCUGGAUUGAGGAGCUCUACCAUCAGGUGCUUGACAGGAACAUGCUUGGAGAGGCUGGCUACUGGGGCAGCCCAGAAGAUAACAGCCUUCCCCUCAUCACAAUGCUGACCGAUAUUGAUGGCUUAGAGAGCAGUGCCAUUGGUGGCCAGCUGAUGGCCUCAGCUGCUACAGAGUCUCCUUUCACCCAGAGCAGGAGAAUCGAUGACUCCACAGUGGCAGGUGUGGCAUUUGCUCGCUAUAUUCUGGUGGGCUGCUGGAAGAACUUGAUAGAUACUUUAUCAACUCCACUAACUGGUCGAAUGGCAGGAAGCUCCAAAGGGCUGGCCUUCAUCCUGGGAGCUGAAGGCAUCAAAGAGCAGAACCAGAAGGAGCGGGACACCAUCUGCAUGAGCCUCGAUGGGCUGCGGAAAGCCGCACGGCUGAGCUGCGCGCUAGGGGUUGCUGCUAACUGCGCCUCGGCCCUUGCCCAGAUGGCAGCUGCCUCCUGUGUCCAAGAAGAAAAAGAAGAGAGGGAGGCCCAAGAACCCAGUGAUGCCAUCGCACAAGUGAAACUAAAAGUGGAGCAGAAACUGGAGCAGAUUGGGAAGGUGCAGGGGGUGUGGCUGCACACUGCCCACGUCUUGUGCAUGGAAGCCAUCCUCAGCGUAGGCCUGGAGAUGGGAAGCCACAAUCCGGACUGCUGGCCACACGUGUUCAGGGUGUGUGAGUAUGUGGGCACCCUGGAGCACAACCACUUCAGCGAUGGCACCUCACAGCCCCCUCUCACCAUCAGCCAGCCCCAGAAGGCCACUGGGAGUGCUGGCCUCCUUGGGGACCCUGAGUGUGAGGGCUCGCCCCCUGAGCAGAGCCCAGAGCAGGGUCGCACCCUGAGCACGGCCCCCGUCGUCCAGCCCCUGUCCAUCCAGGACCUCGUCCGGGAAGGUAGCCGGGGCCGGGCCUCCGACUUCCGUGGUGGGAGCCUCAUGAGUGGGAGCAGUGCUGCCAAGGUGGUGCUCACCCUAUCCACGCAGGCUGACAGGCUCUUUGAAGAUGCUACGGACAAAUUGAACCUCAUGGCUCUGGGAGGUUUUCUUUACCAGCUGAAGAAAGCAUCACAGUCUCAGCUUUUCCAUUCUGUUACAGAUACAGUUGAUUACUGUCUGGCAAUGCCAGGAGAAGUUAAAUCCACUCAAGAUCGAAAAAGUGCCCUCCACCUGUUCCGCCUGGGGGAUGCCAUGCUGAGGAUCGUGCGCAGCAAAGCACGACCCCUGCUCCACGUGAUGCGCUGCUGGAGCCUCGUGGCCCCACACCUGGUGGAGGCUGCUUGCCAUAAGGAAAGACAUGUGUCUCAGAAGGCUGUUUCCUUCAUCCACGACAUACUGACAGAGGUCCUCACUGACUGGAAUGAGCCACCUCAUUUUCACUUCAAUGAAUUACUCUUCCGACCUUUUGAGCGCAUUAUGCAGCUGGAGUUGUGUGAUGAGGACGUCCAAGACCAGGUUGUCACAUCCAUUGGUGAGCUGGUUGAAGUGUGUUCCACGCAGAUCCAGUCCGGAUGGAGACCCUUGUUCAGUGCCCUGGAAACAGUGCAUGGUGGGAACAAGUCAGAGGUGAAGGAGUACCUGGUUGGUGACUACUCCAUGGGAAAAGGCCAAGCUCCAGUGUUUGAUGUAUUUGAAGCUUUUCUCAAUACGGACAACAUCCAGGUCUUUGCUAAUGCAGCUACUAGCUACAUCAUGUGCCUUAUGAAGUUUGUCAAAGGACUGGGGGAGGUGGACUGUAAAGAGAUUGGAGACUGUGUCCCGGCACCCGGAGCCCCGUCCACAGACCUGUGCCUCCCAGCCCUGGACUACCUCAGGCGCUGCUCUCAGUUAUUGGCAAAAAUCUACAAAAUGCCCUUGAAGCCAAUAUUCCUUAGUGGGAGACUUGCCAGCUUGCCCCGAAGACUUCAGGAACAGUCAGCCAGCAGUGAGGAUGGAAUUGAAUCAGUCCUGUCUGAUUUUGAUGAUGACACCGGUCUGAUAGAAGUCUGGAUAAUCCUGCUGGAGCAGCUGACAGCAGCUGUGUCCAAUUGUCCACGGCAGCACCAACCACCAACUUUGGAUUUACUCUUUGAGCUAUUGAGAGAUGUGACCAAAACACCAGGACCAGGGUUCGGUAUCUAUGCUGUGGUUCACCUCCUCCUUCCUGUGAUGUCCCUGUGGCUCCGCCGUAGCCAUAAAGACCAUUCCUACUGGGAUGUGGCCUCUGCCAACUUCAAGCACGCUAUUGGACUGUCCUGUGAGCUGGUGGUGGAGCACAUUCAAAGCUUUCUACAUUCAGAUAUCAGGUAUGAGAGCAUGAUCAAUACCAUGCUGAAGGAGCUCUUCGAGCUGCUGGUUGCCUGUGUGGCCAAGCCCACCGAAACUAUCUCCAGAGUGGGCUGCUCCUGCAUUAGAUAUGUCCUUGUGACAGCAGGCCCUGUGUUCACUGAGGAGAUGUGGAGGCUUGCCUGCUGUGCACUGCAAGAUGCGUUCUCUGCCACACUCAAGCCAGUGAAGGACCUGCUGGGCUGCUUCCACAGCGGCACGGAGAGCUUCAGUGGGGAAGGCUGCCAGGUGCGGGUGGCAGCCCCAUCCUCCUCCCCAAGUGCCGAGGCCGAAUACUGGCGCAUUCGAGCCAUGGCCCAGCAGGUAUUUAUGCUGGACACCCAGUGCUCACCAAAGACGCCAAACAACUUUGACCAUGCUCAGUCCUGCCAGCUCAUUAUUGAGCUGCCUCCUGAUGAAAAACCAAAUGGACACACCAAGAAAAGCGUGUCUUUCAGGGAAAUUGUGGUGAGCUUGCUGUCUCACCAGGUGUUACUGCAGAACUUAUAUGACAUCUUGUUAGAAGAGUUCGUCAAAGGCCCCUCUCCUGGAGAGGAGAAGACGAUCCAAGUGCCAGAGGCCAAGCUGGCUGGCUUCCUCAGAUACAUCUCCAUGCAGAACUUGGCAGUCAUAUUCGACCUGCUGCUGGACUCUUACAGGACGGCCAGAGAGUUUGACACCAGCCCUGGGCUGAAGUGCCUGCUGAAGAAAGUGUCUGGCAUCGGGGGCGCCGCCAACCUCUACCGCCAGUCUGCCAUGAGCUUUAACAUCUAUUUCCACGCCCUGGUGUGUGCCGUUCUCACCAAUCAAGAAACCAUCACUGCCGAGCAAGUGAAGAAGGUCCUUUUUGAGGAGGAUGAGAGAAGCACAGACUCUUCCCAGCAGUGUUCAUCUGAGGAUGAAGACAUCUUUGAGGAAACCGCCCAGGUCAGCCCCCCGAGAGGCAAGGAGAAGAGACAGUGGCGGGCACGGAUGCCCUUGCUCAGCGUCCAGCCCGUCAGCAACGCGGAUUGGGUAUGGCUGGUCAAGAGGCUGCACAAGCUGUGCAUGGAACUGUGCAACAACUACAUCCAGAUGCACUUGGACCUGGAGAACUGUAUGGAGGAGCCUCCCAUCUUCAAAGGUGACCCGUUCUUCAUCCUGCCUUCCUUCCAGUCCGAGUCAUCCACCCCCUCCACUGGGGGCUUCUCUGGGAAAGAAACCCCUUCCGAGGACGACAGAAGCCAGCCUCGGGAGCACACAGGUGAGUCCCUGAGCCUGAAGGCUGGAGGUGGGGACCUGCUGCUGCCCCCAAGCCCCAAGGUGGAGAAGAAGGAUCCCAGCCGCAAGAAGGAGUGGUGGGAGAACGCGGGGAACAAAAUCUACACCAUGGCGGCCGACAAGACCAUUUCAAAGCUGAUGACCGAAUACAAAAAGAGGAAACAGCAGCACAACCUGCCUGCGUUCCCCAAAGACGUCAAAGUGGAGAAGAAAGGAGAGCCACUGGGCCCCAGGGGCCAGGAGUCCCCGCUGCUUCAGCGUCCCCAGCACUUGAUGGAUCAAGGGCAAAUGCGGCAUUCCUUCAGUGCGGGCCCGGAGCUGCUGCGGCAGGACAAGAGGCCCCGCUCAGGCUCCACUGGGAGUUCCCUUAGUGUCUCGGUGAGAGACGCAGAAGCACAGAUUCAGGCAUGGACCAACAUGGUGCUAACAGUUCUCAAUCAGAUUCAGAUUCUCCCAGACCAAACCUUCACGGCCCUUCAGCCUGCAGUGUUCCCGUGCAUCAGUCAGCUGACCUGUCAUGUGACCGACAUCAGAGUUCGCCAGGCUGUGAGGGAGUGGCUGGGCCGAGUGGGCCGUGUCUAUGACAUCAUUGUGUAGCAGACUCCUGUUCCACUCCUCCCCGCAAAAAAACAGUAGUGAGGGUUAGAGUCUGCCUGCCAAUCCAGCUGUUGCGUUUUCCCCACCACCAGCCCCACUUAAACUAGUGUCUCAGAGAAUGGUGUUUCCUGGUGUAAAAAGCCUUUCCAACCACUCAUCAGCAUUGGGGCCAUUCUAGAUACUAAUGUUGUAUCUAGAUAACACAAAUGAUAUUCUGAUUUUGCACAUUAUUAUAGAAGAAUCUAUAAUCCUUGAUAUGUUUCUUACUCUUGAAAUAUAUUUCCCAGUGCUUUUGCUUACAAUGUUAUCCCCAAAUGAGUCAUUUUCAAGGAUUACGCCUUUGAAAACACCGUAUUGAUCCAUUUGAUCCAUCAUUUUAAAAAUAAAUACAAUUCCUAAGGCAAUAUCUGCUGGUAAGUCAAGCUGAUAUGUAAACACUCAGACAUCUGGACCAGGGAUUAUUAAAUGGAGGAAAUGUAUGAUUAUGGGUUUGGCUGGGAAGAAGACAACCAUAAAAAUAUAUUCUUGUGUCAUAAUCAAGAAAUAGGUGACUUCUGUUGUAAAAUAAUCCAGAACACUUCAAAAUUAUUCCUAAAUCAUUAAGGUUUUCAGGUAUUUACCAGUUUCCCCAUGUAAGGUACUGUUGUGCCUUUAUUUCUGUAUUUCUAAAAGAAGAAAGUUCUUUCCUAGCAGGGUUUGAAGUCUGUGGCUUGUCAGCCUGUGACACAGAGUACCCAGUGAAAGUGGCUGAUACAUACCUUGCCAAGAGACGUAAGACUGACCGGCCACCCUGGCUGUUGUUGUGGUGUUAGCUUCCGUCCUCAAGGCAAGCAAGGAAAGGAAAGAAAAAUGGUGCCUUAGUCUUUUGUUGCACUUACAUUUCUAUGCCCACAAUUAUCUGAACAUAAAGUAUAACAUUUGGUUUUUAAGAAAAUAAAACAUUAAAACACAACUCUUUUUCUAUCAACACUCUUGGAGGAAAGGGACUCAGGGAAGGGAGCAGGGAGUGUGGGGUGGGGAGAGAUUAUGAUGAAAUCAUUUUAAAUCUUGUCAUACAACAAUCUUACAGAAUUAUGGUGUCAGUUAUACAAGCUCUGGUCUCAGAAAAUCAAAGGAGAAAGACACAUUUAGAAAAUUUUGUCUAUUUAAAAAAUAUAUCCUAUUUAGCAAGUAAAGUUACCUUAUGUUUGAUGUCUUUUCAUUCAGACCAAUAUUUCAGGUGGCUAUUUCUAAGUAUUACUAGAAAAAUAAUAUAUUUGAAAGCUUUAUCUUAUAUUUCUUACAUUAUCCUAAUGAUUGAAAACUCCUCACUCAAGCUUACACACAUUCUACAGAGCAGAGUUAAGGCAUAUAUUAUAAUUUCUCAGCCCCUAAAAAUGUAUUCAUAACGAAUAAGUCACCAUUUAAAUAUAAGACAUAAAUUCUACAGUAUUAAAAUAACGAUUUCAAAGGGAUUGAACUUUGUUCAGUGCUGGUAUUUGUAAACUUUGUCCUCCUUGAGAAAUAUGGAACUAACUUAGAGGAUAAGAGGAAGGCAGGGUUCUCCAACUUCUUUAGGUGAUCUGAAAAAAAGACCCUUAUCAUUUAGUGUGCUAUCUAGAGAUCACCACAGAAUCUGGGAGACUUUUCUUUUUCUUCCAGUUCCAGAAAACACUCUUUGCCUUCAGUUUUUACUCAUUAGACAAUAAUUCAAGUUUAGAAACAGGUAAUCAACUAUUUGAUCUUAAAAGGCAAUUGUUGGGAUAGCAAUGAACUACGUUGUAUACUUUUAAUUUUUUAUACUUUAUAAAUGAAAUUGAAAGUUGGGUAUCUGCUUUUUUAAAAUUUUCACAAAGUAGUAGCACCACAGUUUUGUUUCUUUUUAUAGCUUACCUGAGGUUCAGUUCUUCUUUAUGAACCUGUGAGUACUCCAGUUUACUGGGGGGAAAGGCUUCAGUAAAGCAGAGGCUAGAAUCACAGUAUUUAUACAUAGCAACUUUUCAUAAAGUAGAAAAAUUCAAAGGAAGCUGUCUCAAUUUCUGGAUGCUGAUUGGGGGCAGUGGCUCAUGCCUGUAAUCCCAGCACUUUGGGAGGCCAAGGUGGGGUGGGUCACCUGUGGUCAGGAGUUCAAGACCAGCCUGGACAAUAUGGUGAAACCUUGUCUCUACUAAAAAUAUAAAAAUUAGCCAGGCAUGGUGGCAGGCACCUGUAAUCCCAGCAACUCAGGAGGCUGAGACAGGAGAAUCACUUGAACUUGGAAGGUGGAGGUUGCAGUGAGCCAAGAUUAGGCCAUUGCUCUCCAGCCUGGGUGAUAAGAGUAAAACUCCAUCUCAAAAAAAAAAAAAAAAAAAAAAAUCGAGAAGACCAUGUCCCAAAGUAUGUUAGUUAAUUGUUUGGAAAUCAGAAUUCAUGCUCCCUGAUACUCUAUUACAGGAUCCAAAGUUAGUUCUUGAACAUAAGUUUACCCUGUACUAUGUCUGAACACUGUUCUAGUUCUAGCCUGAUAUGGGUCCCAAGAAUAAAAGGAUGAGAAGGUGUACACAGCUCUUGACCUGCAAUUUUUAAAGAGUGUUUUGGUACCUUCCCAUUGUCUUCUCUAUAACCCAGUCCUGACAUACUCUGCACUCCAGAGUUCCCGGACAUCCACACUGACAUCAGAUUUCAACCAGAAAUGUCACUGAGUGACAGCAGGACUUCUCAGAGGCAUUUGCAGUUUCCAGCAAGGAUACUGCUUGAUGCAGAGUAGUCUUUAAUGCGUAGGCCUUCAGUUCAUUCUUCUCAGCAGAUGGAGAAGAAAGGGAAGAGAUGAGAAACACUGGGUGGGCAGUGGCACCUUUUCAGGCUGCCCAGCUCAAUCUCUUGCCCUGUUCCUGUGACUCAGUUCCUACCCCACCCUCACUUUCCUUCACUCCCUCCCAGUCUCUGAAAGUGCCAGGUGUUUCUCUUCUCAGAUUCUCUUUUGCAGCAACCGUAAGACAUAAUUCAAGGCAGCCUUUUGAAAUUUAGAACAGUUAUUAGCAUGUAUUUACAGACCUAAGCAGAAUGAGAGUUUAUACAUUGCUUUUAGUUGCCUGUAUUUACAGCCAAAAGUAUAUUACCCCAAAGUUGAAAUCUUUCCCUUUUCUGAAAUUUUGGUAAAGUGUGCUUCAUGAAACAAACAUCUGGAAAACUCCAAGUACAAGAGACCCUGCCCAGCCAAGUAUGCAGAUGGACAGAGUUCUCUCUGUCAUUAAUGAGGACAUAGGUUUCAAUGAUUGAAGCCUCAUGCCCUGUCCAUAGCAUCCACCCAGCUCUCUGUAUCUCCUGAUCUGCUUUUAAAGAUAGUUAGGCUGCCUUUUUACACCAUCUUCUUUCUCCCCUUAUGAUAAUUUUCCAGCCUUCACCACAGAUAUAAAACUAGAACACCUUACUAUUUGGGGGCUGUGUAAUGAAUGACCAAUAAGAACCCAGGCAGAUGCUAACAUACUUAACAGCUCAUAUUAUAUACUUUAAACACCUGUAAUCCCAGCACUCUGGAAGGCCGAGGCAGGCUGGAUCACCUGAGGUUGAGAGUUCAAGACUAGCCUGAUCAAUAUGGGGAAACCCAUCUCUACUAAAAAUACAAAAUUAGCCAGGCAUGGUGGCACAUACCUGUAAUCCCAGCUAUUGGGGAGGCCGAGGAAGGAGAAUAGCUUGAAUCCAGGAGGUGGAGGCUGUGGUGAGCCAAGAUGGUGCCAUUGCACUCCAGCCUGGGCUAUAACAGCAAAACUCCAUCUCAAAAAAACAAAAAUAAAAUAAAAUACUUUAAAUCAGCCUGGGUGUGGUGGCUCAUGCCUGUAAUCCCAGCACUUUGGGAGGCUGAGGGCAGGUGGAUCUCUUGAGGUCAGGAGUUUGAGGCCAGCCUGGCCAAUGUAGUGAAACCCCAUCUCUACUAAAAAUAUAAAAAUUAGCCGGGCCUGAUAGCAGGUACCUGUAAUCCCAGCUACUCGGGAGACUGAGGCAAGAGAUGCUUGAACCUAGGAGGUGGGGGUUGCAGUGAGCCAAGAUUGCACUCCAGCCUGGGUGACAAAGUGAGACUUUGUCUCAAAAAAGUAAAUAAAAAUAAAAAUUUAAAUCAAACAUGACAAGCAUGUUAAUAUAACUCAAAAGUACCUUGAAAUUGAAACAUUGGUGCAAUGAUCAUUAGGCUUUUGUUGUUUUAAAGAGAAGGCAUAUACAGAGUUAGUUGAGAGUCAAAUAGCUUUCACUGUGAGAAGGUAAUACAGUUACGUAAUAGAUAUCCUUGACGUUGCCAGAUUCAUCACAAUUCUGCUUAUACAGAAAAGUUUUCUUUCUCAGAAAGGAAAAUCAAUUAGUAUCAGUCCCAUCAAACUAAACAGAUUGAAGACCUUUGUGUAGAGCUUAUAACCCUAUCAAGAGGUUACAAAUAGCAGGGAGGAGGCGAGUGUGGCGAAUGUCACUGUGAUUGCAAACCGUUACCUAUAUUAUCACUCGUAGUCCUCACAACAACCUUGUGAGACAGGUAUUGUGUUCCUCAUUUUUUUCAGACGAGAACAGACACUCAGAGGUUAAGAAACUUGCCCAACAUAACAAGUAAAAGGCAAAGUUGGUUGCAGAAGAGGUGUUUCUGAAUUCAAAGGCCACUUUCUCUCUCUCUCUCUCUCUCUCUCUCUCUCUCUGUCUCUCUCUCUCUCUCUCUCUCUCUCUCUCUCUCUCUCUCUCUCUGACAACAUGCUCUAAGUCCACAGAGUAAGCACUCUAAUACAAGAGAAAGUUUCAAGGAAUGAGGCCAUUAAAAUGAGACUAUUGGCAUCUUAGAUCUGUCUGGGAUGUCAUGGAGGUUUUUAAAAAGUUAAAAUAAAAGAACUGUGUUUACACAUAGAAAAAUCAAAUAUAACACAGUCUGAGUGUUUGAAAAUAAAACCAAAAUCUGAACUUUGAUCUUAAAAGCAGACAUUCAGUGUUACUUUAGAAAACACAUGGAAUUAGGUGGAAAUGAUGGAAUAAUACUGUUCAUGGCCAGCUGUGAACACAGAAAAAUAUGGCAGCCUGUGUCUGGAAUGGCAUGCACGUUUGUAAACCUUUUUCAAAAAUCAUUUAAUCAACUCAGAAUAAAGUGCCCUGUAGCCAACAGUGCCUCUUUACUUGCUUCUCUGGGAAAUACAUGGUACUAAAUUCGUAGCACAAAGUUUGGAAAUAUGCAAAAUAAUGGAUAACCAUUUUUCAAAAUGUACAUUCUCUAAAGAGGAAGCAGCUGGUUGGACAAGAUUGCUUGAGGAGCCAGGUGCUAAGGGCAUCAGGUUGAUAUCCAUAGUAACCAUGUGCCAUAACAUCUACAUUUCCACCUGUUUUCCAGACAAGGAAACAGGCAGAAGGAAAAUCCAGUCUUGCAGUGGAAUGACAAAACUUCAGUAUGCUUGGGCACCACUUAGGUGAUCCCAGGGAGAUUUGGUGUGGCCUUAGGAAAGCAAAAGAGCACUUUUUAUUGGAAAUAUGAGCUUGUUACUGGGAAAGAUUUGUAAAAUUGGUCAAGAACUUGAUUUCUAAUUAUACCUCCUCAAAAAAAAGUUCUCAUUUAGUAGUGGAGCAAUCUAGAAAACGUACCUUUUUUUGUUUGUUUGGAAGAUCCUCUUUCUCUGGCUAUAUUGCAGUGUUUGUUAUUUGAUGUGGAAAUAACUAAUAACUUAAGAUUUUGGAAGAGAACACCGUUAGAUUUCCAAAACACAAUACUUACUUCAGGGAAGACAGACCAAAAAUAUCUCCUGAGAUCAUUGGUUUCUUUAUAAAUUGUGAUCCCACCCCAUCAUUGAAGAGAAAGCACUGCCACACCACUAGCACCAUACAAUACCUUGGCUCUGUAUCUUUGUACAGUACUACAAAGGGGUACCAGGGAGGAGAGAGUGGCUGACCACUUUAGGGAGAAAACGGCACUCCACUGCUGGUGAAUCCCAUCUAAUUAUGGUCCUUCCACCUUUUUCAACCACCAAGAACUGUUUGUACUAUCAGUUCCUAUCCUGAAGGUUUAACCAGUGGUUGUCUAGUAUCUUUUGUCUUUAGAACAAUAGUUCCCAAACUUUAGCACACGUCAGUAUCAUCUGGAGGGCCUGUUAAGACACAGAUUGCUGGGCUCAUGCUCAGAGUUUCCAGUUAAGUAAAUCAGGAAAUCUGCAUUUCUAACAAGUUUCAGGGUGAGGCCAAUAAUGCUGUUUUGGAAACUCUGAGAACCACUGCCUUGAAAAAUUUUCCAACUACUACUUUUAAGAUCAGCCUGACUUAUCAAAUGCUAGAGAAAAACGGAAUCUACCCUUGGGCAGACAACUUGGGAUUGGAUUCUAUAAAGCAGUCUUGCUCAAUCUUCCCAGUUUCCAGUUUUAUUAUACCAACAACUGGUUUUUACAAGCUAGAAGACAAUGAAUGUAUAAUUUCUAUGGAACAGUGAGAUAAAUCUAAGCUUCUUGUCUUUGUAUUUAGAAACAUUGAUUCUAUGGAUGAUCAUUUAUAUCAUGUUGACCCUUUGACUUGUACUGAAGGUGAUUUUAAAUCUAAGUAUGUAGUCUUUAAAUUUCUUCUGUCCAUAUCAUUUUAAUGAGAUGUUUCCAUGUUGGCUCCAUUACAGCCUUGGCUCCUGGCUUACAGAUUUUUGAGUAGUUGCUUGCUUGCCAGUUGUUUUACAUUUCUCAUUGCCCAUCAAAAUAUUAGUCUUUCGAGAUGAGAUGAGACUACUUGCUGUACUUUCAUCUUUCAUUUAACUGUCUGGUAUAAAUUAAUAUUUUAAUUUCAUAUAUAUCUGUAAAGAGUGUACCCAAAGGCUUCACAGAAAUUUGCAAAAUGAACUAAUUCCCUUUUAAGCAGUAGGUGUGCCUGUUUUGACUUUUCAGUAAAUAUGUUGUGUCUGUGCACAUAUCUGCAUGGUGGAGACUAUAUUCAUGAUCUCAUCUUCCAAGUGAUGGGAAAAAUAUAAAAGAGAAUCAGUGUGAUUUGGGAAUCCAGUGAAAUCAUGUUAACUCAUAUAGAGGGGGCUUUAGUUUAUCUCUUCUUUAAUUAAUUAGCUUUGGAAAUUCUUUUACCAUUAAGAAAAACCUAAGGAUCAUAUAAAGAAUGAUACAAGAAAAUACAAGUAACUUAAAAAUCAUCACCUAUUUUAAACUGCAUUAAUUACACAAAAUGCUUAUUAAUUCAGUAAAGUUUCUCUAAUGACUUCUGCUUAAUAAACACCCUGACAUUGUUUAAAUUAAUUUAGGCUAUUGUAGGAAUGGAAGGAAAUGAUUAUGUUUACUAGAAUUACAUCAGAAAGCAUACCAGAGUGUUAAUGAUAUCAAGGAGACAAUCCACAGAAUUUUUGCCUCUGUGGGUGGAAAUAACUGAAGGGUUUUUUUUUUUUUUUUAACUUUAGUUUCCCGUAAGUUUUGGAAAUUAUUUGUGCAUUUAGUUAUUUUGAUAACACUGAUUUUAAAAUUAAAUUUCAAAAGUCAAUCUCUAAGAGUAAUUUAUUUUUGUUUUACCAACCAGUGCCAAAAAGGAGAGGAGGGAAUCCAAAAGCCAAUCUUUUGAACUAAUGUGUGAAAGAUUAUGUUUUUUCUUAAAGUUAGGGAGGGUCAAGCCCUCACACUGCCAGCCCCAGCGAGCGUCUUUGGUGACCUCGGGAUUAUGUACAAGCUGCUUCGUCCUGCAUUUCUUUCAUCUGGUUCUUGAUGGAAGUGCUUCUCUCUAAUAAAAAUUGAUUUCCCACAAAAUAGGCAAAGCUGAACAAGGAUGAAUGCUUUUGAUAUUUUGGGUUUCACUUCAGUUGAAACCAUGUGAUAGAAUACCCAGGUGUGGCAUGAUGGGGCAGGAGGAGCUGCCUAAAGGGAAAGGUUAUUUUUGUUUCUUAGUUUGUGUUGGAGGAUGGGGGAGCUAAAAAUAAGAUGUUUCCUGCCCUAAUCAUGCUAAAAGACUAUUAUUCAAGAUGCUUUUCCCACUUUUCUAAAAGGAAUAAACUUAGACAAAUUACAUUAUAUAUAAACAGUUCCCCUACUGCCGUCUCCCAGUCUAGAUAAAGCCAAUGGGUGGUAUGGGUCCUUUUAUUCCUUAUAGUAUUAUGCCAAAGAAUCAACUUAUUUUCAUUGAAGGUUAUAAAUAACUGAAGCUUGGUACAGCCAUAAUGAUUUGAGUCAGUGUACCAUUUUACCUACAAAAUGCAAAAUUCAUCCUUGCAACCCCAUUCACCAGGAGCCUUGAAGCAUUUUGCUUACUCCAAAGGCCUUGUCAAGGAAGCAUAAUUUUUCAUUUUGCCUUCUUCGUCAGUUUGGUCACAUUUACUUAAAAAAAAACAUCCUCUUUUAUAUGUUGAUAUAACUGUUUGAUUUCACAGACUCUGUCUGUUCCUUAACAGGACUCUGUAAGCAAGCUUGCAAGUGUAUUUUGUGUACAUUUUAUCUGAGGUGAAAAUGAAAAUUCUAAAGAGAAAAUAUUUUAAAAGAUAUUGUAUUUAUGUUGCUUGUGUUGUAGAAUAAAGAUUCAAAUGCAUUAAAAA